AAGAGCGAGAGAUGCCUAAGCCUUGCAACAAGAAAGUAUUUUUCUUUUUAAAAUUGAAACUAAAUCCAACGACUCGUGGAAAACCGAAUUUCGAAAGAUUUUUUCAUCCUUAGAAUUGCGCACGGCACACUAGUGUGCACAAUAGCAACACCGAAAACAAGAACCAGGGUUGCGGAGAUUCUCGGACUCUGGUUCACCAGAUCUUCAAUCCAUUCUCCCAGUCUACCUUCUCUCUCUCUCUCUGACACACACACACACACACACACAAGCAGAAAUAGAGAGAGGUAUGGUCCGUAGUUCUCUCUCCAUUUUGUAUUCAACAGCACCUUUAGUUCCUUCGAAGUCCAUAACCGACCGUUCACCUUCUACGACCACCACCACUUCUUCUAAACGGUGCUCUAGGUUUGCACCGACUCGAAUUCCUAAAUUCAAAGUUCUAUCGAAACAAUCUCUAAUAGAUUAUGGCUCCGCUGAGCAAUUUUUACAGAACAAUUCGAUUGCUGAUUUCAUGAGGUUCAAGAGAGGCACAAACUCCGAUGGAGUAAAAAAUGCGGAGUUACAGACCGCCGUUGUUAGUUACCGGAAGAAGUUUCCCUGGUCGCUUCUUCAACCAUUUCUUCAGGUUGAUUUGGUUUCGACUAUACACAUUGCGGAUAAAGAGUACUUUGCAACGCUGCAGAAGGAACUUGAAACCUACGAUUGUGUCCUGUACGAGAUGGUGGCUAGUAGGGAUAGUUUAGAGAGCAGAAGAAACCAUGCUGCUAGAAAAAAACUCAAAGGUCAACGGUCACGGGGCUUUAAUAUUCUUGGAUGCAUUCAGCGGCAGAUGGCUAGACUUCUUAUGCUUGAUUUCCAGUUAGAUUGCCUUGACUACCAGGCAGAGAAUUGGUACCAUGCAGAUCUCGACUUUGAAACCUUCAAACUACUUCAGCUUGAAAAAGGGGAGAGCUUCUUUACAUUUGCAAGAGAUAUGACUCUUAGAUCAACAAAAGCUAUUGUACAGUCUGCUUCAAUUCCAGACGAGCUUGGUCCUUGGAGAUCCAAACUUCUGUGGGCUUCUCGUGUCCUACCCAUGCCUCUUGUUGGCCUUGUCAUCAUUGGUAGUGUAUGUACGGAUGUGGAAAAUCCGGCAUCAGAGUAUCCAGAGUUAGAAGCCUUGUCCAGGCUCGAUUUUGGUGCAGCAAUGAAGGUCUUCCUGGCAAGGAGGCUAACAUCUGAGUUCACGCUGGUGACAGCAGAUGUAGAGGAGGGAUCUGUUAUCAUCGGUGAGAGGAACAGAGCCGCAGCGGAAGCACUUCGAAAAGCAAUUGAUGAGGGCCACAAUAAGAUUGCUAUACUGUACGGGGGUGGUCACAUGCCGGACUUGGGUAGGCGAAUGCGAGAGGAGUUUGACCUCAUCCCAUCGACGGUGCAGUGGAUAACAGCUUGGUCGAUUAGGAACAGGAAUCUACAGAGCAAUUCCCUUCCGUUUUUGAAAACAAUGGCAGAAGUCCUGGGUUGGCCAUUAAACCGAUAUCAGACUCUGGCGCUGUUGAUCUUCUCUUCUGUCCUUGCAUUGGAUCUCUGUUUUUGGGAACUCUUCUUUGGCACUACAGUCAAUUGGAUCUCCCAUGUUAGUUCCGAAUUUUUUCAAUAUCUUGAUAAUGCACAGGUAAUAUGAUACAUUGAAUGGGUCACUUUAGUGUGAGGAUUUGUACGCUAGCUGUGUACACCCUUGUAAAAAUUGUACUCUCUCCAUUUUUAACCGUGGUAUAUUGUUCGAGUCUUGCGGAUUACACUACUUAUCUAAUUUUCAGUAGAACAUCGAUAUGAUCGUAUGAAUGUGGUGAUAUUUGGAUUUAAUUUGUUAACCAAAUCUCAUGUUGUAGUUGAUCCAUAAAAAUCUUUAUGUAAUAUAGGUCCUCACAAUAGGUUUUUUUUUUGAAUUGAAUGGUCCAAGG